UCCGGGUGUCCGCUGCUGUGAAGUCACCUUGCCCCGGCUGCAGCUGCUCUUCUCGGGGUGAAACCUGCUCCAUCCCCCGGGUUCUGCUCCGCACCGAGCCCCGCACCGAACCGAGCUUUGGGUCGGACCCUCCGCAGCCCCGCGCCCCCGCACACACGCCGCCAUGGCCGACACCAAGCCCAAGACCUCCCCCAAAGCCAUUAAGUUCCUGUUCGGGGGACUGGCCGGGAUGGGAGCCACAGUAUUCGUUCAGCCUCUGGACCUGGUGAAGAAUCGGAUGCAGUUGGCCGGACAAGGAACCAAAGCCCGAGAAUAUAAGACCAGCUUCCACUGUCUGAUGUCCAUCCUGAAGAACGAGGGGGUCAGAGGGGUUUACACGGGUCUCUCCGCUGGGCUCCUCAGACAGGCCACCUACACCACCACACGCCUCGGCAUCUACACCAUUCUGUUUGAGAAGAUGACCUCUGCCGACGGACGCCCUCCUAACUUCUUUCUCAAGGCGGGCAUUGGGAUGACGGCGGGAGCCAUCGGGGCUUUUGUGGGGACUCCAGCCGAGGUCGCCCUCAUCAGGAUGACUGCAGACGGACGGCUCCCCCUGCAGGAGAGGAGAGGUUACACAAACGUCUUUAACGCUUUGGCUCGAAUCACCCGAGAAGAAGGAGUCACCACCAUGUGGAGGGGCUGUGUCCCCACGAUGGCUCGGGCGCUGGUGGUGAACGCGGCGCAGCUCGCCUCCUACUCUCAGUCCAAACAGGCUCUGCUCGACUCAGGGUACUUCGGCGAUGACAUCCUGUGCCACUUCUGUGCCAGUAUGAUCAGCGGCCUCGUCACGACCGCCGCCUCCAUGCCCGUGGACAUCGUCAAGACCAGGAUCCAAAACAUGAAGAUGAUCGACGGGAAACCAGAGUACAAGAACGGACUGGAUGUUCUGGUCCGAGUCGUGGGGAAGGAGGGCUUCUUCUCUCUGUGGAAAGGCUUCACUCCGUACUACGCCCGGCUCGGCCCGCACACCGUCCUCACCUUCAUCUUCCUCGAGCAAAUGAACCGCCUCUACAAGAAAUAUGUCCUGGACCGCUAGACACGAGUACACAAUGUACUACGAACUCUGCUCCAAAUACACGACCGACGCGCGACCGACACGCGACCGACACGCGACCGACACGCGACCGACACGCGACCGACACGCGACCGACACGCGACCGACACGCGACCGACACGCGACCGACACGCGACCGACACGCGACCGACACACGGCAGUACUACAAACUCUGCUCCAAAUACACGACAGUACUACAAACUCUGCUCCAAAUACACGACAGUACUACAAACUCUGCUCCAAAUACACGACAGUACUACAAACUCUGCUCCAAAUACACGACAGUACUACAAACUCUGCUCCAAAUACACGACAGUACUACAAACUCUGCUCCAAAUACACGACAGUACUACAAACUCUGCUCCAAAUACACGACAGUACUACAAACUCUGCUCCAAAUACACGACUGUAGAUAAGAUUCUGAACAUCUGUCACAUCUCUGGCCUCAAAUGCAGACAGGCCUUUGCCCAGCCUUUUCUCUUACGAUAUCAUGAUACUGAUACUGAUACGAUACUAUGAUCCAUAGAACUGACCCACAUGUGUAGAUAUGUGGAUGUUCUUUAUCUCAAAUACACAACAAAGAAGUUCUGUGGUUCAAUCCAAACACCGAGACCAAAUAUGACCAGUUCAUUUGACCGUCAGGGUACCAUGUGACUGUCAGGGUACCAUGUGACCGUCAGGGUACCAUGUGACCGUCAGGGUACCAUGUGACCGUCAGGGUACCAUGUGACCGUCGGGAUACUAUUUUAUCCUGAUCGUCAGGAUAUCGACUGAAUCGAUAUUUGGAGUGUUAUCUGAUCCAGCACAUUCUUCAGGUGCAUCUCACUACAAGAACCUCUGAGAACCUCUGUCCACAACAACACACCACACAGCAGGUCUGGACUCUGGUCUGGACUCUGGUCUGGACUCUGGUCUGGACUCUGGUCUGGACUCUGGUCUGGACUCUGGUCUGGACUCUUUGAGCACAGUAGACUUCGGCCAAAGCGGCAGGUGGUGGUGGUUCAUGAACAUCAGAAGUAUCGGCCAAUCUGAGCAGAGAAUGAGCAGUAAGCCCCACCUUAAAGCGUCAGACAACCAAUCAGACGCAAAGGGAUGAACAAGCACUUUUUAAUUUCAAGCACUUGGUUAUUAUUGAAAGUGACCAACGGAAAGACCUGGUUUAGACCUGGUUUAGACCUGGUUUAGACCUGGUUUAGACCUGGUUUAGACCUGGUUUAGACCUGGUUUAGACCUGGUUUAGACCUGGUUUAGACCUGGUUUAGACCUGGUUUAGUCCUGGUUUAGACCUGGUUUAGACCUGGUUUAGACCUGGUUUAGACCUGGUUUAGACCUGGUUUAGACCUGGUUUAGACCUGGUUUAGACCUGGUUUAGACCUGGUUUAGUUCUGUGUAGUAUUUUAAUAUAAAAUGUAAAUACUGUGUUAUUAGUGAAACUGUGAAUGAAACCAGGCCCUGCGUCUGAUUGGUGGAACAUGCGGGUGCACUGCUCAGGCUGCUCUCUGAUUGGCUAAGCCCUCCUCCUGCUGUGCUCUGAUUGGCUCGUUAAACUGCCACAUUUCUGUUCUGAAAAUGUACAGUGUUUCUGUUGCGAAUAAAUCAUUAAAGAAGUACUCAGUCUUA